AGCGCGCUGCACAAGAACAAGUGCGGCCAAACUGAGAGCAUCAGCUAAGUCGGCUCCGUGGUUUUGGACGGGCAUCACCAGGUUUUCCCCUGAGGACCCACAGCGCUGCUCUCUACCGACGACUGAGAGAAGUGGACCCGCAGGAAACACAGAGCAUGAAGAAGACUCCCAACCCAGCUCUGAAGAGAUCCUUUGAGGUGGAGGAUGUUGACACUUCAUCUCACUCUUCCCCCGGCUCCCGUCGGACGACCAAUUCCCCUCACCGUAACGCCAUGUCUCCCACCAGCAUCUACUACCGUGACCUGGGCACCGCCUCCCCAGCCACCAACAACAACAACCUCAACUAUACCCAGCCCCGCUCCAUCAUGGGUGGAGGAGGCUCCAAGACCCCCGAGCCUGUGUCGCGCCGUUCGGAGCUGUCCAUCGAUAUCUCCUCUUCCAGCAAGCAGAUGGAUAAUGCCACCAGCCCUGCUUCCCAACGCUUUGCCACCAGCAGCGCCCUGAAACGCCCUGAAGUCCUGGGCCACUCCAAGACCCCCGAGAUGGCCCACAAGAGGGAGGUCACUUUUGCCAAGACGCCGACUGAGUCCCCAGUGAUUCGUCGCAAUGAGGGCAACAAUAACAACAACGGCUUCAGCCGUGCACCUGAGCAGAACCACGCUCGCAAGUUCGAGCCUCCCAGUCCCGGAGACAUCCGUAAACCGGAAAUCAGCAUCACCAGAGCUCCCCCAGAAAACAACGGUCACCACCAAGCUGUGCACCACCCACCACACCCCAACCCUCACCACAACACGAUCGUCACCACCUUCCGCUGCUCCUCGCCCAAUCAUGGAAGAAAAUCCCCCAACCCUGACAGGUCAGAGGUCAAUCUGAGCCACAGCAACAUGUCUGAGUCCGCCAAACCCCAGCAACCCACCCCGCAGGGUAAGGGGGAGAAGACCAAUGUCAACGACUUCGGCUACGUGGGCAUUGAUGCCAUCCUGGAGCAGAUGAGGAGGAAGGCCAUGAAGCAGGGCUUCGAGCUCAACAUCAUGGUCGUGGGGCAAAGCGGCCUGGGGAAGUCCACUCUGAUGAAUACCCUGUUCAAAUCCAAGGUGAGCCGUAAGUCGGUGCUGCCCAACCCGGAGGAGAGGAUCCCCAAGACCAUAGAGAUCAAGUCCGUCAGUCACGAUAUUGAGGAGAAAGGAGUGAGGAUGAAGCUGACAGUAAUCGACACUCCGGGCUUUGGGGAUCACAUCAACAAUGAAAACUGCUGGCAGCCCAUCAUGAAGUUCAUCAAUGACCAGUAUGAAGCCUACCUGCAGGAGGAAAUCAACAUCAACAGAAAGAAGAGGAUCCCAGACUCCAGGGUGCACUGCUGCAUAUACUUCAUACCUCCCACUGGCCACUGUCUGAGGCCCCUGGAUGUGGAGUUCAUGAGGCGCCUCAGUAAGGUGGUCAACAUCGUCCCCGUCAUCGCCAAGGCCGACACGCUCACCCUGGAGGAGAGGGACUACUUUAAACAGACGAUUCGAGAAGAGCUGCGAGCCAACGGAAUCGACGUUUACCCUCAGAAGGAGUUUGACGAGGAUGCAGACGACAGGAUGAUCAAUGACAAAAUCAGGGAGAUGAUCCCUUUUGCUGUUGUGGGCAGUGACCAGGAGUACCAGGUGAAUGGCAAGAGGAUCCUGGGAAGGAAAACAAAAUGGGGCACCAUCGAGGUGGAGAACACUGCACACUGUGAGUUUGCUUACCUGCGAGACCUCCUCAUCAGGACACACAUGCAGAACAUCAAAGACAUCACAGGGAGCAUCCACUAUGAGACGUAUCGUGUCCGCCGCUUAAAUGAGUCCAACGUCCAUUUCAACUCACACCCCGCCGACCAUCCUGCUGCUCAGCCAAAGGCCAACGGUCAGCCCGAGGAGCAGCCCGUCGCCCCGCAGGCCAACGGAGUGGCCCCUCAGCACGAAGCCCUGUCCCACGAGAUGUAGAGAGUCCUGAUAUCUGGACACAGCCAGGCACAAAACACACGUAGAUACAUACAACGCAUGUGUUCUGUUUACAAGAGUCCACAAACACACACUCAUGCUGUGAAGCCAAUUUCUGUUAUCUAGAGGGACCUUUUCGCUGCCAAAAACCUUCCUAACCACAGCUUUUAAUUUAUCAGGACGUAACAAGACACAGGACGCAGAGUAGAUCCCAAUAUUUUCCUUCCACGGGCUAUUUACACUCUGCAUGCAGAUCCUCGUACUGCGCAGAACAUCCCUGACUGCCCAGUGCAAUCUACAUUCAGGAUUUGUUUUACAAUAAACCAGUUCACAGGGCAUACAUGAAAGUAGAUCUAUACAGCACACGCCUCAUGUACACUGGCUGCUGGGUUUAUUUUUAGAGCGUCGGCUGGCUGUCAGGACCGCAGCGGCGCUGCAAAAGAUUUCGAUCUUGAUUAAUCAGCACGAUGGGAAACAAAGCCUUGUGUGUGCAGAAUACCUGUGCAGGAUCUUUGGGUUGGUAGGAGGUUUAGUUCCAGAUGAGGAGAAAUGACACAAUUCAAAAUGAAGUACUGCAUAUCAGAUGAAACUAGAUUAGCUCUAAAGUAAAAAUAACUGUUAGUGCCACUGGCCUGGUCUGCUUUGUGUUGUGGUGUAUAGAAAACCAGGGUUCAGUAGGAAUAUCUAGAUUAGGUUUAUAGUAUUAUGGAGGAAGUCAAGAUAUUGUCGACACCUCCGCACUGCGAAACAAUAAAAAGAAAUAGAAAGCAGCGGCAGUGUGGAGCAGCUUGUGGAUAAAAUUAGUCCCCUUGUCAUUUUUCCCUGUCGUGUUAUGAUGUUUUUAAGAAAACCCCCCCUUUUUUUUGCCAAACCAGCCUGUCUCUUUCUCAUAUAAAGCCAAUGUCGUGUAAUACAGUCAUGCAUUUUACAUCACUCAUUUAUUAUUGUAUUUUUAAUGCUGUUGUUCAUGUUCUAAUAUUAUUGUGUAAGAUGGGAGGAAUCUGUGCAACUGUUGUCCCAUGCAGCCGUUUUGUCAUUUUUUUUUCUUUUUUUCUGACUGUAAAACCAAAUAAAAGUCUUUUUUUCUGUUCUAAAGAGAAGCACAUACCGUAUAUAGAGUUGAUUUAUGAAUAGGUAUUUAUGUGUAUGUUAAGUGUAAUCAGUUUAACUCUUUCAUUCCAGCUGUUGGCUUCCAGAGGUUCGUUGCAGGUCUUAAACGGUGAUGAUCUUGUAGCUUUAGACAGUGCUCGUUUUUUAGUUGCCUGCAUUCAUACAGUGUGUUUUGUUCCCUGUUGAUAAGGCUGCGCAGUAACUAUAGUGCCAAAUGACUUUACCUGCUGGUGAAGUACAAAAGUGGUCUAUAUUUGUAUAGCGAUUAUGAAUUAAUACAGCUGAUCCUGCCAAAAUAGAUGAUGUUCAGAACGGUGGCAUUCGUAUCGCAAGUGGAAGCAUUUUAUCAUCGGGGGGAUGUCACUGACUGAGAGGAAGAAUUUAUGCAAUAACGUUAAAAACUAGCCAUCAUAUAACAUGAUGUCUGCAUUCAUACAAACUCAAGGGAUAUUUUAUAGCGUCUACAUCUAAAUUUAAAAGUCCUGACAAAAAUAAGCCAAAUGAUUACUUUCUGCCUCUCUGAUUCACAUCCGAACCAUUUUACAUGCAGACAGAAGAGAUAAGAACAGAAGUGAACUAUUUGUCUUUUGUCUUGAGAAAGUUUUUGGGUGACACUUUGUUUACUGUUGUAUAGUUCUUGUGUAAUUUGUUAUGGUAUUAUAGAUUAAGGUUUUAUCUUUGAUAUGCUAUCUCAAAGAAUAAAGAUUGAUAUUUUUAUUGUUUGAA